GAAGAAGGGGAAAAAAGUGUGUGUAUAAAAGUCGAGGUGAUUUUGUGCAGCAGGAUUGUAAAGAGUGAGAGAGAAGAUGAGUGUGGAGUUGGAGGAGUGCAUCAGGACAGUUUUUGAGGAACACCUCUCAGAGAGUGUUCGCGUGCAGGAAGAGGACGUGUGUUCAGGAGUCACACGUCUGCUGGACAAGCGCAGGCAGAUUAAACACGUGGACGAUGUGUUGAGGAGACAGAGACAGGAGUUUGAGGUAAAGCGGGAGAGUCUCAGACAGAGAAAAGAGGAAUUGAAGAAAAAAGAAGAAAAUCUCAAAGACUCUUUACUCAAAUUUGACAAAUUUCUCAAAGAGAACGAUGCUAAGCGAGCAAGAGGUGUGAAGAAGGCGGAGUCUGAGCGAGCCGUGCUGAGAGAGCGAGAGCGAGAGCUGGAGCGGUUACACGCACACAUCGCCGCCCUGCUGGCGAAAAAGGAGAAACUGCAGGAGCGAGUCGAGCGCUUCAGAGUCUACUGUGAGUUCUUACACAACGUACUGAAGACGGCCACGGAGUUCGAGGACGUCGGGCAGCUUGUGGCUCGCUUCGAGACGCUGAUGUCGACGCGAGAGCACCUGCUGAGACGGCAGAGCGAGGUGGAGAGACAGAGGGAGAGUGACAGCGUAGAGUUGAGACGCUACGUCAGCGAACAAAACUCCAUCUUACUGCAGCACAACAACACGCUGUCACAACUGCAGACCGAGCUGGACAACGUCCUGACUCACACACUCGCACAGGAGUCGUCGUGGAAUCACAUCCAAGCAGCGGCGGUGAAAGAGACGCAUCUGUUGAGUCAGAUAAAGGUGGUGACCCUUAACCUUUAUCACAUGACCGGUGGCAUCAUGGGCGGAGACGAGGGCGUGAAUGUGGACGACACUGUGGGACAGCUGGACCGGAUUCGGCUGUAUAUCGAGGAUCGGACUGAGAUCCUCUCACAUCUCAGAUCAGACAGAAGCAGCAGAUCCUCCAGGCUGACUGAUGGAGAGUAAAAGUCCACACACACACACACACACACACGGUGUUGUACGACACACA